UUAGAGUGUGGAAAAAGUUUCACACAAAAAUCAAAUCUUAUGGCACAUCAGGCAACCCAUACUGGAGAAAGACCUCAUAAGUGCUUAAUCUGUAGGAAAAGUUUCACACAGAGAUCAAAUCUUAUGGCACAUCAGGCAAUCCACACAAGAGAGAGAACCCACAAAUGCUUAGAGUGUGGAAAAAGUUUCAUACGGAGGUCAACCCUACUUAAUCAUCAGGCAAUCCACACUGGAGAGAGACCUCAUAAAUGCCUAGACUGCGGGAAAAGUUUCAUACGGAGGUCAGACCUUGUUAGACAUCAAACAGUCCACACUGGAGAGAGAUCUCAUAAGUGCUUAGACUGUGGGAAAAGUUUCAUAUGUAAGUCAACCCUUGUUAAACAUCAGAUAAUCCACACAGGAGAGAAAUCCCAUAAAUGUUUGGACUGUGGGAAAAGUUUCACACAAAGAUCAAGUCUUAUGGCACAUCAGGCAAUCCACACUGGAGAGAGACCUUAUAAGUGCCUAAUCUGUGGGAAAAGUUUCAUACAGAGGUCAGACCUUGUUAAACAUCAAGCAGUCCACACCGGAGAGAGACCCCAUAAGUGCUUAGACUGUGGGAAAGGUUUCAUACAGAGGUCGAUCCUACUUAAUCAUCAGGCAGUCCACACUGGAGAGAGACCUCAUAAGUGCAUAGACUGUGGGAAAAGUUUCAUACGGAGGUCAGACCUUGUUAAACAUCAAGCAGUCCACACCGGAGAGAGACCCCAUAAGUGCUUAGACUGUGGGAAAAGUUUCAUAUGGAGGUCAACCCUUGUUAAACAUCAGAUAAUCCACACAGGAGAGAAAUCCUAUAAAUGUUUGGACUGUGGGAAAAGUUUCACACAAAGAUCAUAUCUUAUGACACAUCAGGCAAUCCACACUGGAGAGAAACCGCACAAGUGCUUAGACUGUGGGAAAAGUUUCACACAAAAAUCAAAUCUUAUGACACAUCAGGCAAUCCACACAGGAGAGAGACCCCACAAGUGCUUAGACUGCGGAAAAAGUUUCAGACAGAGGUCACACCUUGUUGUACAUCAGGUAGUCCACACUGGAGAGAGACCCCAUAAGUGCUUAGACUGUGGAAAAAGUUUCACACGGAGGUCCGGCUUAGUUAAACAUCAAGCAAUCCAUACAAGAGGGAAAUAACACUUAGAUUAAACUUGGGUGUAAUAAUGUCAUUGUAUAUAUCUCUCUCUUUAAAGUUUGUGGUAAACUGUCUAUGAAUGGCCUUAUGGAUAAUUACCUUAUGUUAAUCUGUAUAGUUUUAUUACCUGUGGUGUUUGUGAAAUAGAAGGUUACUUUCAAAAGCUAUUGUUCACCCAAGGGCUGCCUGCUGUCGAGAGGCUGCAAAAAU